AUGGGUGGGGCUGCUGGUCACAUGUGCCUGGUGCUGGCGGCUGGCGCUGGUGCUGGUGCCUGGUGCUGGCGGCUGACGCAGGUGCUGGUGCCUGGUGCUGGCGGCUGGCGCUGGCGCUGGUGCCUGGUGCUGGCGGCUGGCGCUGGUGCUGGUGCCUGGUGCUGGCGGCUGGCGCUGGUGCCUGUGCUUGCGGCUGGCGCUGGUGCUGGUGCCUGGUGCUGGCGCUGGUGCCUGGUGCUGGCUGCUUGCGCUGGUGCCUGGUGCUGGCGGCUGGCGCUGGAGCUGGUGCCUGGUGCUGGCGGUUGGCGCUGGCGCCUGGUGCUGGAGGCUGGCGCUGGUGCUGGUGCCUGGUGCUGGCGGCUGGCGCUGGUGCCUGGUGCUGGCGGCUGGCACUGGUGCUGGUGCCUGACGGCUGGCGCUGGUCCUGGUGGCUGGUGCUUGCAUAACGGCGCUGGUGCCGGUGCUGGUGCUGGUGACUGGCUUCGGUGCUGGUGCUGUUUCCUGGUGCUGGUGGCUGGCAUUCGUGCUGGUGCCUGGUGCUGGCGCUGGUGCCUGGUGCUGGCGGCUGGCGCUGGUGCCUGGUGCUGGCGGCUGGCGCUGGUGCUGGUGCCUGGUGCUGGCGGCUGGCACUGGUGCUGGUGCCUGGUGCUGGCUGUUCGCACUGGUGCCUGGUGCUGGCGACUGGCGCUGGUGUUGGUGCCUGGUGCUGGCGGCUAG